AAAAAAUUGGACAGCCAUUAGAUCUCCAACAAGAAUCCAGCGAAGCCUCUUUUUACCCUUUGGACUGUGUGUGUGAGUGAGUGUACGCUUACUGAUUACGACUCCAAAAUACCACCACAGUCCUCCUCUCACCAUCAUCACCGUCGCUCUCGCCCUUUUUUUCUCAACUGCCACCAUUUUCAACAUCCAAAUCUUUUUUGCCAUUUGUUUAUGUUUGCGCGCAGGGUUUUAUCAAAAUCAAUCAUCAGAGGGAAGAAGUUUAUCCACUCUGCCCUUGAUCGGGAAAGUUGAAGCUGAGUUUCAGACGGCGAUUGGAUUUCGAAAGGUACAAGCUUUGUUGCAUUAACGGGAAAGGGGAAAAUUGAAUGGUUUUUCAAAGGGUACAAGCUUUCCUGCCCUGACGGGGAAAAUUGAAGCGAGUGUUAGACGCGAUUGGGUGUCAAAAGGUGCGAGCUUUCUGGUCUGACGGGGAAAAUUGGAGCGAGUUUCAGACGCGAUUGGGUUACAAAAGGUCUCGCUGGGAUGAAUCCAAGAACGUCAAAUUUUCUUACUUUGUAUCGACUCUGUUGAUCCUAAGGAAAAGCUCGUAUUUCGGCUAUUAAAAGAAGACAUGAUUCAAUCAUGUAUUGAUUAAAAUCAGCUUAUGUCAUUUUCACGAUCAUGCAUCCAUGUAAAACUCAGCAUCAUAUCUUCUGGUGCAUCUUGUAUGGAUACCUAUGGGCAUAUGUGCUAUCUCAUGGUCUGGAUUAUCCUGAAGAACAACAGUCCCUCAGUGAGAUUGAACGAUUUCAAAAAUCGAGAUCUUCAAGCCAAGUCGAAGAUUAUGUUACUUGCGAGGACUUGAAUGGUGUUGGAUCAUUCAAUACCACCUGUUUUCUCAACUCAAACAUGUACAGUACUUCCGAUAUUUACGUGCUCGGCGCUGGAAAUCUCGAGAUAAACCCAAACGUCGAAAUCACGUGUCCAAUCGAAGGCUGCACCAUAAGUUUCAAUUUAUCCGGCAAUGCCAAAAUUGGCCGUAACACAAAAAUAGUUGCUGGCACUAUCGUAAUUUCUGCUGCAAAUCUGACUUUGGAGUAUAAUUCUUCUCUAAAUGCAUCGUCAUUGGGUGGAUCUCCGCCAUCUCAGACGAGUGGGACACCUGUCGGUUAUGAUGGGGCUGGCGGGGGGCAUGGUGGCCGAGGUGCAUCGUGUUUGAAAACUAAUAUCACGAAUUAUUGGGGUGGUGAUGUUUAUGGAUGGUCUACUUUGUCUCAUCCUUGGGGUUAUGGUAGUAAAGGUGGGGGCACAUCGGAUGAACAUAAGUUCGGUGGAAAUGGCGGUGGCCGAGUGUUGCUUGAUGUGAAGGAUCUUCUGUAUGUAAAUGGAUCUGUGACGGCUGAAGGUGGAGAUGGAGGAUCUUUGGGAGGUGGUGGAUCGGGUGGGAGUAUCAUCUUACAUGCUCAGAAGCUAAGGGGAUUUGGCAUUGUAAGUGCAGCUGGUGGAAGGGGAUGGGGUGGAGGUGGAGGAGGAAGAAUAUCUUUAAACUGUUACAGCAGGCAAGAAGAUGUGGGAGUCACAGCUCACGGUGGAUGGAGUAAUGGCUGUUCAUGGAAUGCAGGAGCUGCUGGAACUUACUUCGAUGCAUAUGUACUGAGUUUACGAGUUGACAAUAACAAUAUCACAACUGAAACCGAAACUCCUUUACUGGAUUUUUCGACUAGUCCAUUGUGGACAAAUGUUUAUGUGGAAAACAAUGCAAAAGUUUUAGUUCCUCUAUAUUGGACAAGAGUUCAGGUGAGAGGCCAGAUAAGCUUGUAUAGUCGAAGCAGCAUCGUUUUUGGGUUGUCUGAAUUUCCAGUUUCAGAAUUUGAACUCGUUGCAGAGGAACUUCUGAUGAGUGAUUCGGUUAUUCAGGUUUAUGGAGCUUUUAGAGUAUCUGUGAAAAUGUUACUCAUGUUGAAUUCCCAAAUCCAAGUUGACGGUAGAGGAUAUGCCGAGGUUGCUACAUCUAUCCUCGAAAUCCGGAAUCUUCUUGUUCUUAAGGACAGCUCUGUGAUCAGUUCCAAUGCAAACUUGGCUCUAUUUGGGCAAGGGCUUUUAGAGCUAACUGGUCAGGGUGAUGCAAUCAAAGGCCAGAGACUUUCAUUGUCAUUAUUUUAUAAUAUCACUGUUGGCCCAGGCUCGUUAAUUCAGGCUCCUUUGGAUGAUGAGGACAGUCGAAGCUUGGUGACUAAAUCGCUUUGUGAGAGUCCAAAUUGCCCAAUGGAUCUGAUUACUCCACCUGAUGAUUGUCAUGUUAAUUAUACACUGUCCUUCUCUAUGCAAGUUUGUCGUGUGGAGGAUAUUCUGGUUAACGGAGUUAUCAAGGGAAGUAUCGUUCAUAUCCACAGGGCACGAACAGUCAUUGUAGACACUGAUGGCAUGAUAACUGCAUCAGAACUAGGCAUGCGCAUAGAAAAUCUCUCACUCAUGAGUUGCAAAACUGGUUUUGGUAAGGGAAAUUACUCGCAUGGAGCUGGUGCCGGUGCCGGACAUGGAGGAAGAGGAGGAUCGGGAUUUUACAAUGGGAUUAUGAGUGAAGGUGGUAAAAAAUACGGGAGUGCUGAUCUCCCUUGUGAGUUGGGUAGUGGCACUGAAGGUCCUAAUCCAUCUGAUGAUGGAUAUGUGGCUGGUGGUGGAAUUAUAGUGAUUGGAUCCAAGCUCUGGCCACUUCUAAGGCUGGAUAAUUAUGGAUUGAUCAGCGCUGAUGGUGAAAGUUAUUAUCGGAAGCCAACUCGUAAUAGGAAUAGUAGUCUCAUAGGUGGACUUGGUGGAGGUUCGGGAGGAACUAUCCUUCUCUUUCUUCAAUCCCUUGCACUUGCCGAGAACUCAUCUAUAUCUGUUGUUGGAGUAUUCCUUUUCUCUCUUGAUAAUUAUUAUUAUUUUUUUUGUAUUAACAGUGGAGGCACCGGUGGUGGAGAUGGUCUUCGUGGAGAGAAAGGCACGAUUACUGGAAAACAGUGCCCCAAAGGCCUGUAUGGUACAUUUUGUACAGAAUGCCCUGUCAGUACAUAUAAAGAUGCUGAAGGAUCUGAUCCUAAUCUUUGCAAACCUUGUUCACUCGAUCGACUUCCUACUCGUGCUCAGUUUGUCUAUGUUCGAGGUGGAGUCACACAUUCUUCUUGCCCUUAUAAAUGUAUAUCCGACAAAUACCGAAUGCCUAAAUGCUAUACGCCUUUUGAGGAGCUGAUAUAUACGUUCGGUGGCCCAUGGCCUUUUGUCUUUCUAUUAUUAUGUGUCGACUUGAUUUUAGCAGUAGCUCUGAGUACAGUGAGAAUUAAAAUAAUCGGCUCCGGAUGCUCUUACAAUAGGGCCGAUUCAAUCGAUCAUCAUAAUAGUGAUCAACGCUUUCCUCAUCUUCUUUCCUUAUCUGAGGUUCGAGGCGUAAAAGCAGAAGAAACUCAGAGUCAUGUUUAUAGGAUGUAUUUUAUGGGUCCUAAUACAUUCAGAGAACCUUGGCAUCUCCCUUACUCACCUCCUUCUGCAAUACUAGAGAUCGUGUAUGAAGAUGCUUUUAACCGGUUCAUUGAUGAAAUAAACUCUGUUGCGGCAUAUGAAUGGUGGGAAGGAUCUGUACAUAGCAUACUUUCGGUCCUGGCAUAUCCUUGUGCCUGGUCAUGGAAGCAAUGGCGAAGGAGAAAAAAAGUACAUCGGCUUCAAGAGUUUGUCAAAUCUGAAUAUGACCAUUCUUGCCUUCGUUCUUGUCGAUCACGAGCUCUUUACAAAGGAAUAAAGGUUGGGGCAACACCUGAUUUGAUGGUUUCGUACAUUGAUUUUUUCCUUGGCGGUGAUGAGAAGCGUGUAGAUAUGGUGGCCAGUAUACAGAAGAGAUUUCCCAUGCGAAUCCAUGUACCUGCAACAGUUUGGAAUCGUUUAGUGGCUGGUUUAAAUGCCCAGCUGAGAACAGUUAGGCAUUGUUGUAUACGUAAAGCCCUUUGUCCUGUUAUCAAUUGGCUUGCUACUCAUGCGAACCCACAACUCGAUUUUCAUGGGGUUAAAAUCGAGCUCGGCUGGUUUCAAGCUACAUCGAGUGGUUAUUACCAACUGGGUAUUUUAGUGAUUGCUGGAGGUUCUACUCUUCAUGAUCUUCAUCACUCCGAAUAUUGGGAUAACAGUGAUAUAUCAUCCAGGAAUCAUAUACUAUCCCGUAAAAAGAUUACAAGGGGCUUCAAUGGUGGUAUUGUAAACGAGACUACAUUAAAAUCACUACACUGUAAAAGGGACUUUCUUUUCCCAUUUUCUCUUUUGUUGCUCAACACCCGUCCAGUUGGCAGACAGGAUACUAUACAGCUGUUGAUUACUAUCAUGCUCGUGGCCGAUCUUUUUGUCACUCUUCUUAUGCUUUUUAUGUUUUAUUGGAUAUCUCUUGGAGCUUUUCUUGCUGUACUCCUUAUCCUCCCUCUAUCCUUGCUGUCACCUUCUCUAGCAGGCUUGAAUGCCUUGUUUACGACUGGUCCUAGAAGUGCCCCACUUUUUCGAGUUUACGCCUUGUGGAAUGCUAGCUCGAUUUCAAACCUUGUGGUUGCAUUUAUCUGUGGCUUGAUCCAUUAUGUGAUUUCAUCUGUGAAUUCCCCAGAAGAGGCAAAGAUAUGGCAUUCAAGGGAAGAUGACAAAUGGUGGCUUUUGCCAACAAUUCUGCUUCUAUUCAAGGCGGCUCAAGCUCGACUAGUCGAUUGGAACAUUGCAAAUUUAGAAGUCAAAGACUUCUCUCUUUUCAGUCCUGAUCCUGAUACUUUUUGGGCAUAUGAGCCUCUCUCUUAACAAUAUAAACCAUCUUUCCUUAUGCUGUUGAUGGAUAAACCUUUUAUUUUUUUUCAUUGAGCAGCAAAACAGACAUCUCAUUGUACAUAUAUAUGAUGUAAAUAUGCAUAUUUCUGCCGAAAAACACGAAUGUUCGUGUACAUAUUUUGAUGGCGUGAGGUCGAUUUACGAUGAUAGUCGAGUGAGAUAUUUGGAAAACUAUUUAGGAAGAAAGGGUGUACAGAUUAUUUUAUGACAUUAUGUGAUGCAGGUGUUUUUUUUUUUUCUAUUUAUUUAUUUAUUUAUUUUGUAUUUGUGUGUAUCAAUGAAGACCUUACUACUUUUUGUGCUGGUAAAUGUUGUUGAAUAUUGUUAUUCCAUUAAAUUACAAAGAUAGGAGAGUUUUUUUGACUUUAUAUAAUCAAAUUUGGUGCUUGGGCAAUCUCAUGUGAAUUAGUGGUGAUUCGAAAUCCUAUUAUCUGGUGUAUAAUUAUUAAUGUAGUUCAAUUUUUCUUUUUCUUUUUUUUUAUCUUUUAAAUUAUAA